CUUCCCGGCCGCCCCCUCCUCAUUCCCCUGACACACUCGCUAGCUUGCUUGCCGGCGCGCGCAUCCCUCCAGCACCCCCCACCCCCCCUCCAUCGGACCCGCACCUCGGCGGGCGCCACACACUCGGCAGCCCGAGCCGUGGUAGCCGCAGCGGGAUGGAGGCGGCAGGCACUGAGCGCCCCGCAGGCUGGCCCGGGGCACCCCUCGCCCGGACUGGGCUGCUGCUCUUGUCAACAUGGGUCCUGGCCGGCGCCGAGAUCACUUGGGGCGCGACAGGAGGUCCGGGGCGCCUGGUGUCCCCGGCUUCACGACCACCAGUGUUGCCUCCUCUCUUGCCACGGGCAGCGGAGAACCGGUGGCCUGAGGAGCUGGCAUCUGCACGGAGAGCCGCUGCACCGAGACGCCGGUCCAGGCUAGAGCCACUAUCCCAGGCGAGCCGCGGGGAGAUACGGACUGAAGCUGCGGGAAUGUCGCCUGAAGGCGCUAGGUGGGUCCCGGGCAUUCCAUCUCCUAGCCAGGCGGGCAGUGCGAGGAGGACUCGCCGGGCGCAGCCCCCAAGCCCCCUGGAGCGCGGGGACUCUUGGGCUACUGCUCUCGCAGAUGGUGCCAAAGGAAGCCGUCCUCACACCAAGGGUUCGCGAGAGGAGGUGAGGGCGACGCGGACUGGAGGAGCGUCCACUGAGGAGCUCCGGCUGCCCAGCACGUCUUUUGCACUGACCGGGGACUCGGCUCAUAACCAAGCCAUGGUGCACUGGUCGGGACACAACAGCAGUGUCAUACUGAUCCUGACGAAGCUCUAUGACUUCAACCUGGGGAGUGUGACUGAGAGUUCUCUGUGGAGGUCAGUAGAUUAUGGCGCCACCUAUGAAAAACUUAAUGACAAAGUGGGUUUGAAGACCGUCCUCAGUUAUCUCUAUGUCAACCCCACCAACAAAAGGAAGAUCAUGCUCCUUAGUGACCCCGAGAUGGAGAGCAGUGUACUGAUCAGCUCAGAUGAAGGGGCGACCUACCAAAAGUACCGGCUUACAUUCUACAUCCAGAGCCUGCUCUUCCAUCCCAAGCAGGAGGACUGGGUGCUGGCCUACAGCUUGGACCAAAAGCUUUAUAGCUCCAUGGACUUCGGCAGACGAUGGCAACUCAUGCAUGAACGCAUCACGCCCAACAGGUUUUACUGGUCGGUGUCUGGACUGGAUAAGGAGGCAGACCUGGUGCACAUGGAAGUGAGGACGGCAGAUGGAUAUGCCCACUACCUCACCUGCAGAAUCCAAGAAUGUGCUGAGACAACUCGGAGCGGCCCUUUUGCCCGCUCCAUUGACAUCAGCUCCUUGGUUGUCCAGGAUGAAUAUAUCUUCAUUCAGGUAACAAUAGGUGGACGAGCCAGCUACUACGUGUCGUAUCGAAGAGAAGCCUUUGCCCAGAUAAAGCUGCCCAAGUACUCCUUGCCAAAGGACAUGCACAUUAUCAGUACCGAUGAGAACCAAGUGUUUGCAGCCGUCCAAGAAUGGAACCAGAAUGACACCUACAACCUCUACAUCUCAGACACACGUGGGAUCUACUUUACCCUGGCUAUGGAGAACAUUAAGAGCAGCCGAGGUCUAAUGGGAAACAUCAUUAUUGAAUUAUAUGAGGUAGCAGGUAUCAAGGGGAUAUUCCUGGCAAACAAGAAGGUGGAUGACCAGGUGAAGACAUACAUCACUUACAACAAAGGCAGGGAUUGGCGUCUCCUGCAAGCUCCAGAUGUGGACCUGAGAGGAAGCCCAGUGCACUGUUUACUGCCCUUCUGUUCCCUACACUUGCAUCUGCAGCUCUCUGAAAACCCAUAUUCCUCUGGAAGAAUCUCCAGCAAGGACACAGCGCCUGGACUUGUGGUUGCCACGGGUAAUAUUGGCUCCGAACUCUCCUAUACGGAUAUCGGUGUGUUCAUCUCCUCUGAUGGGGGCAACACAUGGAGACAGAUCUUUGAUGAAGAAUACAAUGUCUGGUUCCUAGACUGGGGUGGUGCUCUGGUGGCCAUGAAGCACACACCUCUGCCAGUCAGGCAUUUGUGGGUGAGUUUUGAUGAGGGCCAUUCCUGGGACAAGUAUGGUUUCACAUUGCUGCCUCUUUUCGUGGAUGGGGCGUUGGUGGAGGCAGGAGUAGAGACGCACAUCAUGACAGUUUUUGGCCACUUCAGCCUGCGCUCCGAAUGGCAGUUGGUGAAAGUGGACUACAAGUCUAUCUUCAGCCGGCGCUGUACCAAGGAGGACUUUGAGACUUGGCACCUGCUCAAUCAGGGAGAGCCUUGUGUCAUGGGGGAAAGGAAAAUAUUCAAGAAACGCAAGCCAGGCGCUCAGUGUGCCCUUGGCAGAGAGUACUCUGGGUCGGUGGUGUCAGAACCCUGUGUCUGUGCGGACUGGGACUUCGAAUGUGACUAUGGCUAUGAGAGACAUGGAGAGAGCCAGUGUGUCCCAGCUUUCUGGUACAACCCAGCUUCCCCUUCAAAGGACUGCAGCCUUGGUCAAAGCUACCUUAACAGCACUGGGUACCGGAGGAUUGUAUCCAACAACUGCACAGAUGGGCUAAGGGAUAAGUACUCUGCUAAGACUCAGUUGUGUCCUGGAAAAGCUCCUCGGGGCCUCCAUGUGGUGACCACUGACGGGCGCCUGGUGGCAGAACAGGGCCACAAUGCAACCUUCAUCAUUCUAAUGGAGGAGGGUGACCUUCAAAGGACAAACAUCCAGCUUGACUUUGGAGAUGGGGUGGCUGUAUCCUAUGCCAACUUCAGCCCCAUUGAGGAUGGCAUCAGGCAUGUGUAUAAGAGCGCGGGGAUCUUCCAGGUGACAGCUUAUGCGGAGAACAACCUUGGCUCGGACACAGCCUUCCUCUUCCUGCAUGUGGUUUGUCCAGUGGAACACGUUCACCUUCGAGUCCCAUUCGUCGCAAUACGGAAUAAGGACGUCAACAUCAGUGCAGUUGUGUGGCCCAGUCAGCUAGGGACCCUCACCUACUUCUGGUGGUUUGGAAAUAGCACAAAGCCCCUCAUCACCUUGGACAGCAGCAUCUCUUUCACAUUCCUUGCAGAGGGAACCAACACCAUCACUGUCCAGGUUGCUGCUGGGAAUGCCCUCAUCCAAGACACAAAAGAGAUUGCAGUACAUGAAUACUUCCAGUCACAGCUCUUAUCGUUCUCUCCAAAUCUGGAUUACCACAAUCCUGAUAUCCCUGAGUGGAGGCAAGACAUUGGCAAUGUCAUCAAGCGAGCUCUGAUUAAAGUGACCAGUGUCCCAGAAGACCAGAUCCUCGUGGCUGUGUUCCCGGGUCUCCCUACUUCAGCAGAGCUUUUCAUUCUCCCACCUAAGAACUUGACAGAGAGGAGGAAAGGCCACGAAGGGGAUCUCGAACAAAUUGUAGAGACACUAUUUAAUGCGCUUAAUCAAAACUUGGUACAGUUUGAGCUGAAGCCAGGUGUCCAGGUCAUUGUUUAUGUCACACAGCUGACAUUAGCUCCCCUGGUGGACUCCAGCGCUGGGCAUAGCAGCUCUGCCAUGCUUAUGCUCCUCUCGGUGGUAUUCGUCGGCUUGGCUGUGUUUCUGAUCUACAAGUUUAAAAGGAAAAUCCCCUGGAUUAACAUCUAUGCCCAAGUCCAACAUGACAAGGAACAGGAGAUGAUCGGGUCAGUGAGCCAAAGUGAGAAUGCACCCAAAAUCACACUCAGUGACUUCACCGAGCCCGAGGAGCUGCUGGACAAAGAGCUGGACACGCGGGUCAUAGGAAGCAUUGCCACCAUUGCAAGCAGCGAGAGCACAAAGGAGAUCCCCAACUGCACUAGUGUUUAACCAAGAAGCCACGUGGCCAAUCACCUUCCCCACUUUUUAUUUUUGAUGACUACUACUACUAUUAUUAUGGAAAAAUGAAAAUGUCUUUUUUUAAUCUUUUGUUUACCGUCAUAAAUAGUAAGCAGAUGCUUAGCUUUGGGAGGCAAAAAAAAAAAAAAAAAAAAAAAAAAGGCAUUCUUAGGCGAUCAUAAAGGGAUGAAGGAAUAUAUGGUUGUAUUUGUAUUAAGAAUGCUUUUUCCCACGGGUUUCUUGCUUUACUCUGCUGUCAGGAGAGCAAGGUUCUUCUUGUGUCGUUCUGACUUUUUUGAGUUGGGUUUUUGUUAACUUCAUCCUUCCUUACUCCUCCCAUGCUCCACACUACAUACACAUACAACACAGACCAUUCCCCAGUUCAAUUGCAGGACGUAGGUUGAGGGGGAGUGGACGUAGCUGCCAAAGGCGCGCACACCUUUCCGAAAGAGGCCCUGCCUCAUGCAUGUCGAAACUGAGGCUAAAGAUGGUGUAUUGUAUAUAACUACAAUGUAAAUAGCUUUUUAUUUCCUAAGAAAUAAUUUAAUGUUUAGUAAAAAAGAAAACAGAAAAAAAGAAAGAUGUGUGUGUUGGCUUCUGCACUCACCUUCAGAGCUGACCGCCCCCCAGCCUGCCUGAUGUGUUGGAUUCUGGAUGCUCUCCAGCUGUCUUUCACACUCAACUCUUGCGUCUCUGUCCACACCAUAGCCUGUUUCUGCUUAUGUAUAUAAAGGGCAUGGGGGAGGGCUUCUUCAGGGCAAUUGACAAAGGAAGGACUUCAGUGGCGUUCAGGAACAUGGGGGUUGUUUUUCUUCCUAGGAUAACAUGGAAGGAGUCACAAAGACUAGUAGAGACUUCAAACUCUCAUAAAGAAAUAAAGAAAAAAAAGGUAUUUAUCAGCCUGAGAAAGCAGUCCUCUCGAAGGAAGCAGCAAGGAAUCUAAAGAUCCUGUCACUCUGUUUUCUAAUUGGAUUUCGUGGAUAUGUGCAUUGCCCAUGGGGAGCCGCCCAGCUGUUCUGAGCUCAGAACAUUCCCUGGGCAUUAUGUGAGGUCCAGUGAGCACCACCUGGCAUGACAAGAAUCAGAGAGGCUUGGAAGGGAUUUCCCACUUGUGGAAUCCCGAGUCUGUGCAAACCCUGCAGGCCAAACAAAGAUCUAGUCUUUAAUGAUAUUAGUCGGAGUGAUUUUAGCAAAGCUGUGCUUUUUGCUUGUCAGAUGUACACAACUUCCUUAAAGUCAGAUGUCGGCCUUCAGUUCCCUUAAGGUAGUUCCCUCCCCUCUGGGGUGAAUGGCUUUCCUAGCACCCCAGCCCCUCCAACUGUUUAACAUGCCAAUUCUUUUCAGUAGGAUCACCUUACACCAUGCUGCGAGCAUCGUUUUCAUUUUUGGGCUCUGCCUGUGCACACUUGUUUCAAAGAAUGAUAUACUGUAUAUAUAUAUAUAUGUGUGUGUGUGAGAAGAAAGGCCACAUUUUGUACCUGUUAACCCUCAUGGGAUGCUGUUCAUAUUCCUCUUUGUGAGACACAGGGAGAAUGUGAUAGAGACAUCCAGCUGGCUGCAGCAUAGGUCAGUAUCAGAAGGGUUUCUAAAGACCCUUCUUUUUCAUUUCAAGGGUUAAAUGGGGCAGACAAUUGCAAUUUGUGUACUAAAUACUGGAAUACAGUGCAUGAGUCAUAUCUAUAUAUAUAUACAGUAUAUGUACAUAUACUGUUCUUGGUUUUACUGUUCCAUUUGAAUAUUUCUACUGUAAAAAAAAAGACAGUGGUUUUGAAAUUGUUGAAAAUAAAUGUAUUUUUGUACAUCAAAGCUA